AUGUGUCACGUUCCUCCUGAUCAACCAGACAAUAGCAAUAACACUCCAUUACUGUACUCAGCAAUGGGGGGCCAUUCCAACCUAGUGGAAUUUUUUAUUGAGAGAAAGUGUGAUGCUUCACGUAUUAAUAGUGAAGGUGCAUCUUUAUCAUUGCUAGCUUGUCAAAGUGGAAAGUUAGCUUUAAUUCACAAACUUGAAAAGCUAAAUCUUUUCUCAUUAAGUUCAAUUGAUGCUGAUGGAUUUAAUGUGCUACAUUAUACAGUUAAACAUAACUCUAUUGAGCUUUACCAGUACCUUUUAACUCUAGCCAUUAACAUGAAGAAUCCAAAUCGCCAAACUCCACUUAUUAGAGCCUCAUGGCAUGUGUCAUCAUCAGUUAUUAAGUAUAUUGUUAGUAUUCAAGGUAUUGAGUCUUUAUUAGCUACUGAUGAUCAUGGUUGGUCAUGUCUUCAUUCAGCAUGUAGUUCGAUUAGUUUUGCUAAAGCUGGUAUGGUGUAUCAUAAAGUUCUUGAGCAAAAUGAUGCACCAAUUAUUUGUAGUAAUAAUACUUAUAUAAGGUUUAAUAUUGAUUUCAUCAGUAGAAAAAAAAGAAUACAAAUGUUUUAUUCACUUCUGAAGAAAGCUAGUAAUUUCCCUAACUUUAAAAUCAAUGCUGUUACAAAUGAUGGUAAUUCAUUACUUCAUAUUGCUUCAUGCAGUGGCAGUACAUUACUAGUGAAAGCAUUAGAAAAAUAUGAUAUCAAAUGUACAUUAGAUAAUGAUGGUAGGUCUCUAGUACAUUAUGCUGCCUGUGCUAAUGAUACUGAUACUUAUGGUUGUACACCAUUAGUCUACUCCUGCUGGUCAGUGGUCCUAAUAUCACUGAUAAGUAUGGUAUGA